AUGUGGAUCCAGGUUCGCACCAUGGACGGCAAGGUGGCCCACACCGUGGACUCUCUGUCCAGGCUGACCAAGGUGGAGGAGCUGAGGAGGAAGAUCCAGGGGCUGUUCCACGUGGAGCCAGGCCUGCAGAGGCUUUUCUACAGGGGCAAGCAGAUGGAGGACGGCCACACUCUCUUCGACUAUGACGUCCGCCUGAACGACACCAUCCAGCUCCUGGUCCGCCAAAGCCUGGUGCUCCCCCCCAGCAGCAGCAAGGAGAAGGACUCUGAACUGUCAGAUACCGAUUCUGGCUGCUGCCUGGGCCAGAGCGAGUCGGACAAGUCCUCCAACAGCGGCGAGGCAGCCUCAGAGGCAGACGGGAAGGCGGGCUUAGCGGAUGAAGACGCGUGGGACGAGACGGAGCUCGGUCUGUACAAGGUCAACGAGUAUGUGGAUGCUCGGGACACGAACAUGGGGGCGUGGUUCGAGGCACAGGUUGUCAGGGUGACCAGGAAGGUACCUUCCCAAGACGAGCCCCACAGCUCUGCCUCCAGUGGGACGCCCGAAGAUGACAUCAUUUACCACGUCAAAUAUGACGACUACCCGGAGAAUGGAGUGGUCCAGAUGAGUCCCCGCGACGUGCGGGCCCGUGCCCGAACCAUUCUGCAGUGGCAGGAGAUAGAGGUCGGCCAGGUGGUCAUGCUCAACUAUAACCCCGACAACCCCAAGGAGCGUGGCUUCUGGUACGAUGCGGAAAUCCUGCGCAAGCGUGAGACGCGGACGGCACGGGAGCUGUAUGCCAACGUCAGGCUCGGGGACGAUUCUCUCAAUGACUGUCGGAUCAUCUUCGUGGACGAGGUGUUCAAGAUCGAGCGCCCGGGCGAGGGGAGCCCCGUGGUGGAAAACCCGAUGAGAAGGAAGAGCGGGCCCUCGUGCAGGCACUGCAGAGACGACGAGAACAAGGCCUGCCGCGUGUGCGCCUGCCACCUGUGCGGGGGCAAGCAGGACCCGGACAAGCAGCUCAUGUGCGACGAGUGCGACAUGGCCUUCCACACCUACUGCCUGCGCCCGCCCCUCAGCAGCAUCCCCAAGGAGGACGAGUGGUAUUGCCCCGAGUGUCGGAACGACGCCAGCGAGGUGGUGCUGGCCGGGGAGAAGCUGAAAGAGAGCAAGAAGAAGGCGAAGAUGGCAUCCGCCACGUCCUCCUCCCAGCGGGACUGGGGCAAGGGCAUGGCGUGCGUGGGCCGUACCAAGGAGUGCACCAUCGUCCCGUCCAACCACUACGGACCCAUCCCGGGGAUCCCCGUGGGCACCAUGUGGAGGUUCAGAGUCCAGGUCAGCGAGUCAGGGGUCCAUCGACCUCACGUGGCGGGCAUCCACGGCCGGAGCAACGACGGGGCUUACUCCCUGGUCCUGGCCGGCGGAUACGAGGACGACGUGGACCACGGGAAUUCUUUCACGUACACGGGCAGCGGUGGUCGAGAUCUUUCUGGCAAUAAGAGGACCGCGGAGCAGUCUUGUGAUCAGAAGCUCACGAACACCAACAGGGCGCUGGCCCUGAACUGCAGCGCCCCCAUCAACGACCGCAAAGGGGCCGAGGCCAAGGACUGGCGGUCGGGGAAGCCGGUGCGGGUCGUGCGGAACGUCAAGGGUCGGAAGCACAGCAAGUACGCCCCCGCCGAGGGCAACCGGUACGACGGCAUCUACAAGGUCGUGAGGUACUGGCCGGAGAAGGGCAAGUCCGGCUUCCUGGUGUGGCGCUACCUGCUCCGGCGGGACGACGCGGAACCCGGUCCCUGGACGAAGGAGGGGAAGGACCGGAUCAAGAAGCUGGGGCUGACCAUGCAGUACCCGGAAGGCUACCUGGAGGCCCGGGCCAGGAGGGAGAAGGAGAAGGAGAACAGCAAGAGGGAGGCCAAGGAGGAGGACGAGGACGAGGACGAGGACGAGGACGAGGAGGGGGGCUUCACCUCCCCCAAGAAGGGCAAGGGCAAGCGGAAGUGCAAGUCCGGAGCAGGGGGCAAGACCGGCGCUGGGUCCCCGCGAGGGACACCUAAGAAAAGCAAGGUGGAGCCCUAUAGCCUCACGGCCCAGCAGAGCAGCCUCAUCAAGGAGGACGAGAACAACACUAAGCUGUGGAGCGAGAUCCUGAAGUCGCUCAAAGACGGGCCGUUCCAGAAGUUCCUGAGUAAAGUGGAGGAGACGUUCCAGUGCAUUUGCUGCCAAGAGCUGGUGUUUCGCCCCAUCACGACCGUGUGCCAGCACAACGUGUGCAAGGUGAGAGGGGCGGCCGCGGGCCGGGCCGGAAGCUGCUGAAGGGACUGCCCCGCGCCUGCUGCCACCC